AUUAAAUGAUUGCGCGCGCUUUUCGAACGGGAAGUUUAGUCCUAACGUGAUUUGCAUUUAUCAAACUUUUGCUGUGUUCUUACGCAACAAAAGUACCAUUUCAGUUCUAAAGAAUCUGCCCUGAGCUAUACGUUCGGCUGAAUUGUAUCCAAUCAAAUCAAAUUCAUUCUGCUCUUAUGGUUAUUCUCAAUGGAUUCAGCAGGCCUGUAAACCAACUUCCUCGUAUUUCUCUGAGAACUAAUGUCCUAAAUACGCGUGCUCACUUAUUUGAAGUAUUCUUUCGACGAGUUGCACUUGGUUACAUUCGUGUGUUUCCUUUGACUGCCCGUCGCAUCAUCGAAUUUGGGUUUCUGGUACAGGCUGUUUUCGUACUAGUUGUAUUCAUACAUCUUCACGUAACAUUUGUAAAAUCUCCAGUAACGUGCUUGGAUCAUUUGCGUAGUGAAUUUGAAAGCAUAAAGUCUGGUUCAGAUGUAUCUUUUACCUCCAUAACUAUGGAUGCCAAUUAUUUGUCAAAAGGUAAUGGAUCAGAUUCUUUUUUACGACGUUCAUGGCCUAACUAUGGUGUUUUACGUAUCGAAGUCAUUCGUUCUCCUGAUCCGUUCUAUUCUCUCGAUGACUCAUAUGCGAAAGAGUUUUACGGUACUGAAACUGAUUAUCGUUUUGAAGCCAAAAAUGAAAAGACACCACAGGUUAACGAGUUGGAUAAACAUAUUGCCUAUAUUCCCAAAAAUUCAAAGUAUUCACUAGCUUAUUUUGCCGAGAACAUCAUCCCCGAACAUCAGGACUUCUGGAAUUCACUUUUAUCUUUGCCAUUCAUUGCAUAUGGGUCGAUCAAAGAAAAUUUCAACCACUUUUUAAAUUACUUAUACGCUAGUAAUCGAGAGCGAACAUUCUCUUUUAAAGAGAAUGAGGAAAAUAUGUCUCCAUAUAACGCAAUUAUAACCACCAGGAAUAAACUCAGUCAGUUGUUGCCUGAAGUGAACCGGUUAUUAUUCGACAUCUUUGCUGGUAUCGUUGAUUUUAUUUACGACAUCCCUAUUCGUAUAUAUGCCUCGUCAGGUCCUGCACUAAACACAAAUGAGAGCUACAUAAUUGAAUACGCCUUGGAGUAUGGCUUUCUUCGCCUCUCACCGCGGGCCCGAAAUCGGCUUAACGUAACUGUAAAAUUAAUUGUUCUUGACCCAGAAACAAACCCUUGCUUCGGCAGUAAACUCAGUCGUUUCCUCAUGGAAGAGUUUCUCGGUUAUGAAGACCUUUUGAUUGGUAGUGUGAAGUACUUAUCAGCUAGCGAAGGAUUGAAAGGUUAUGUGGUAAAUGUAAUGAGCGGACAACAUUAUAAGCUCGUUAUUUCGCAGAUGUCUAGGUCGUCCUACUUUGCUGCUGCUCUGAUCAUGUUACUAUUUACAUUUUGUAUAUCCGUUCUGUUAAGAUAUUCAAGUCAACAGCUUGUGGUUGUAAUAGCUGAUAUUCUCCAAAUGUUUGAAACGAAUACCUCGUUUGGGAUUCCUGUUGCCCCAUUUAUGACAGUGAUUCUUGCUCUUGUUGCCAUGGAAACUAUCAUGUCUGAAUUUUUUGGAGAUUCAAUCACUGCGUUUUAUGUUAUUCUCAUUAUAAGCGUUUGUGAUCACUAUGAAGCUGUAUUUUGUCGUACUGAAUUAAGCAAAAGAUAUUGGCCAAGGUACUUCUACUUGUAUCAUUUUGGAUUUUAUGCCUACCAUUAUCGUUUCAAUGGGCAUUCAGUGGUGUUGCUCUUUGGGUUUCCUGGCUAUUUAUAUUGCAUUCAAUGAUUUAUUUCUUCCAUCAUUACGAAUUACCUAACCUGCUUAGUGAUUGGGAAUUCCGUGAAUUCGUUUCUAAUAAUCAACUUGUAGGUCAAAUUCAGCUACAAGUUUCCACACCAUCAUUAUCUGUCCGGAAUAGUCAGGAUGCUUCCAGCUUAAACCAUUCUAUCAACUCUCAUGAACGAACAGAGUUGUUAGGUGACUUAACAACUACUGUUGGGGAUUCAGACAAUCUCGAGUCAAAUGAAUUGUCUAACAAUGUUUUCACUGUUACAAGUUCAGUACCUACUUUUAGUGAGAUUCCUGGUGAAAUCGAAGCUAAUCAAAGUGAUUUACUUUCUAAUAAUACUGCAUUAGCUGAUUCUCCCACAACUUCUGCUAAUUUAAAUCACCUAGAAUAAUAAUUUAUGAUCUAUUAACAUUUGUACUUUUGUUAUUUUGUGUUUAUUUAAUGUAAUAUCCCAUCUCUAUGAUUUUUCACAUUUACGCUAGGAAAUUGAGGUUUCUCACUACUUGGACUUUCAAACGGCUGGAAAAAUAAAGUCAUCCAUUCUGGGCUUAGGUUCCUUUCAUUUAUUGAUUAUUAGAAUGUUCCGGUUCUUAUCGUCUAUUUAGGCUGUGAAGAUGCUAGGUGAUCAGACUGAAUAAAUUUGAAUUUUUUAAAUUAAU